GAGAUCUGUCCGUAAUUUAGUCCCGUGUUUUUCUCCACUCGAUUCCAUUUUUAGAUGUUUUUAUGGAGAGCACGUAUUGUCUUUUAACCCUUUUAUGUAAACAAAGCGUGUUUUGGUGAACCAUUCUAAGAAGUUUAUAUAUGAAAUAAAAGUAGUAGAGAAACACGUAUUCAAACAUAUUGAUUUCAUAUUGCUGACUAGAGAGAGAAGCUUUUAGCCUUUUACAUUAUAUAUAACGUAUGACCAAGUCAUGGUAUGGAGGCUAGGCUAGGCUCUUUCCGUUCUCUCAACCGGAUCAGAGAGUAAAAGCUUAGCAUUCCUUAUUUAAGUCUACUAGACUCGCUGGACAGUAUAAGAAAUGCACGUAAUCAAACAUGGAUGGUUUAGUGGCAGUGGUAAGUAGCUUUUGGAAAUGUAAACGAUCCGGAUUCGAAUCAACUUCGGGAUAUUAAAUAUGUGUAAUCACCCAAAUAUGAAAUUGUGUUUUAGACCUUAUUUGAAUAUCUGAAGAAAAUAUUCAUUUGUAGCUUACAUCUGUUUUUAGAGAUUAGUCUCAGCUAUUCCGCAAACGCAGUAUAUUCCGAAUUAAUCCCAAAAAAAAAAAAACUUAGCUGCACGUGUAUAGAGGAUUGCCAAGAAAACUCACCUGUGGUCGAAUACAGAUUGAUUACGUCAUAUGUAACUAUAAGGGCCAUAUAAAGCCCAUUUACUUUUGUUUCAGGCUUCAAGGAUUGGAUCUCGUGUCGGGUCAAGAUGUGGUCCCUAUAAAGCCGUUUCUUGAAGAUUUUGACAAAACAUUAUUUGUUUGUUUGAAAGACGGGAGCAUUUUGUCAAAUGCAUUGGCAAUUGCCGGCACUGGAUCUUGGGCUUCUCAUAUUUAAGACAAAUAAACGUAGGACUGAGCAUUUUAUCCGAUAUCCAAAUCCGUAUCUGAAUCCAACAGGAAAAACAAAAACCAAAAUCUGAAUCAAGUAAUAAAAUACUAGAACGGGUUUGAAUUAUAAGAGAUUAGAUAUUCGAAUCCGAACGGUUAAUAUCCAAACUCGAAUGAAUAUCCAAAGAUAACCAAACAUAUAUAUACUUAACCCUAUAUUUCUACUUUACUUUUCUCGUUUUAUUUAAAAUAAUUUAUAUUAAUGCUGCACAUUGCUUAAAAUCAAAUUAUAUACAUAUAAUUAUUUGCAAAAUUAUUUGCUACUCACUUAAAAUAUAUAUCAAGCUCUUGUUUCUUGCAUUAACAAAAUUAUAUCCAAAAUCUCAAAACAAUAACUAAAUUAGUGUCUUUAUAUUUUGAUAGCUUUAUCUCCAAACUUAUUAAUAGUUUAAUCUAUUAAAAAUUAGAAAACCAGUUAAGUUAAAAAUAUAUUUUAAAUACAAAAAAAAACUUAAAUAAUGAAUACAUUUUUUUCUUCAAAAUCUAAAUAUCCAAACUCGAUUCGAAAUAUCAGAACCCGGACAUAAAAUACAUGGACCCGAUCCGAAGUAGAAAUAUCCGAAUGAAUUCUAUACUUCUAUAACAAAAUACCCAAAAAUUUUAAAUACCUGAUCCGGACCCGAAUAGGUACCCGAACACCCAAUUCUAGAUAUACGAAUAAAGUCAAAAGUCUAAUUUUACUAUAGCUGCCACGUGGGAUGUGUCUUUGUCCAAUCACAUAUUCACAUGCACCCUUUCUUCAUUUGAUACACUCUUGUUGAACGCAUGCUUGUUUGAAUGUCUAAUGAUUCAUAUCGUAAGUUUGAAAACUUGGAAUGUAUAUUUUUAUAUAGCUUCUAGUCCACACUUGUAAGUUGUAACUACUAUACAAAGCGAAAUAGUAGAAGUGUAACAUCUCGUGAUCAUGUAGGUUCCAGGCUGGUUCUGCAGAACAUCGAUCCCAAUCCCUCGUUUGUGAGCCCUCGCUGACUCUUUAAGUAGGUUGUUGGUGCGCUUGGCCUUCUUCGAACUCGACUUUUAUUGUAACCAUCUUUCGUGGACUCCAGUCUGGUUCUGCAAAGCACCGACUUUAACUUCUCACCUGGGAAUCCUAAACUUCCCUCAUGUAAGUUAUUUGUGCGCUCGGCGUUCUUCCGACCCAAAAACUCACGUUUUAACAACUCUCUCACAAGAUAAGUUGUCACCAAUUGAGUUGCAGAUUAAUUGGUGACAAUUUAUCUUGUGGGAGAGUUGUUAAAAGGUGAGGUCCUAGGUUCGAUGAACACCAAACGCAUUAAUAAUCUAUCUGGAGAGAGUUAAGAGUUCACAGGUGAAGGGUUAGGGUCGAUGCUCUCCAGAACCAGUUUGGAGUCCACGAGACUGAUUGUUAUAAGGAGUAUGAUUAAAUUUAGAACGUUAUGUUUCAGAAUACUGUUUUCUAUUUUCAAACCAACUUUACUGCGAUGUUUAAACAUUAUCUGUUCAUAGAUCAAAACUAUUACAUAGGCAAAAAAGUUAUGAAUAUUUCAGUCCAAUAAACUUGAGUCUCUUUGGUUUGUUUUGUAUAUAUGUACAAAAAGAGGCAUCUAAUUAAGAUUGAAUUCAAUCUAUCGGGGAUAAGUUCGUAUCUUAUAGAUAAGUCUUAGAAGAAAAGUUUAGGCCAUGAUUAUCGGCGUCCCACUUAGAAUAUCUUAGCAUUAAUAGGAUUAUAAAUAAAUGAAAAACAUGCAAUUAAAACUGGGACGGCCUUAGUUAAGAGUUUUUCGGUGGCGUCCUAAGGAGACAUGUGCCAUGUCGCGAAUGGCCGAAAAAAAAAGAGUAGGGCAAAAUCGAUUUGGGAACACUUUCCUCUUCUCUCUCGAUCUCUCCUAUUCUCUCCAGAUCUCUCGACGAUCUCUCCUCUUCUCUCCCGAUCUCUCGGCGGUUCUCCUCUCGAUCUCUCGACGGUGGUCUCUCGACUCUCGGCGGUUCGCCUCUCGAUCUCUCGACGGUUCUCUCUCGACAUUCGACGGUUCUCUCUCGACUCUCGACGGUUCUAUCUCGACUCAACAGCGGUUCUCUCUCGACUCAACAGCGUAUUCAUCGAUUCGAAGUUGAAGAGGGUGUGGUUCGUCUGCAAUUACCGGAAAAGGAAACAACUCUAAGAAGAACAAUCAUCUCGCCCAAAGUUGAAGGUAAUUGACUUUCUCUUCAGCUCUCAAAGUAAUCUUGUUCGUAUAAUGACAUGAUGGUAAUCUAGUUUGAAUAGUUUGAAAUAACUCUCUAGUUUGUUUGCAACCAAAUCGUCUAGACUUGGACUCUUGUUUCUGUAAUGAACUAUGCUAGUUUGUAUACCUUUAUUGCUAGUUUGUGCUGUUUGAAAUGAAAGGCUAAUGAACUAUGCUAGUUUGUAUACCUUUAUUGCUAGUUUGCCAUGUCUGAAAUGAAAGGCUAGUUUGAUUGAGACCAAGUCUAUUAUGUAAAUGUCAUCAUUAACGGUUACUUAAUGCACUUGCAAAGUUGGUUGUGUAAUGUGUAAUAACUGAGAUGUACUUUGGUAGUUAGGUCAUUAUGUUGUGUUAAUUACAGUUUCACCUAUUAAACCGAGCUUCUAGGAGAUAAUUUUUUUACCAUCAUCUUCUUUCUCUUCUCUUCUCGGGUCCCUUCUCUCUUCUUACUGCUAUGAAUCCGUAUAGCCAGUCCUCUGGUUAUAUGGGCCUUCUUCAGAAUCAACAGGAAAGUGUUCUCCAUGAAAACUCUCCUUAUGAGAGUUUUCAUGGUGGAUCUUCAGAAAUCCCUCAAUUCAGUUCUAAACAACGUGAGGCUCCAACUCCACCUACAGACAUACCCGUAGAGCGUGGGAAGAGACACAAAUGGACCCCAGCGGAUGACGAGCUUCUAAUCAGUGCCUGGUUAAACACAUCUAAGGAUGCUAUAGUCGGCAAUAACCAAAAGUCUGGGACGUUUUGGCAACGAGUAGGAGAUUAUUUCUUAGCGGCACUACUUCGAAGAGAUGGUUGUGAAAGUAGCGAACAUCUCCAUUAUAAGCAGAGGUGGCACAAGAUCAAUGAUCAAACUAACAAGUUUUGUGGUGCAUAUGCGGCUGCAGAGAGGCAAAUUAGUAGUGGUCAAAAUGAUAACGAUGUUAUGAAGGUGGCCCAUGACAUCUUCUACUCUGAUCAGGAAUCAAAAUUUACACUUGAGCAUGCUUGGUGUGUGUUGAGGCAUGAACAGAAAUGGCUUAGCCUCAACACCACUAAAGGUUCUGGAAAUUCAAAGAGGAAAAGCGGUGAACCAGGUCCCCAACUGUCUUCCACAAGUGUUACUGACCAUGAGCUCCGGCCUGAAGGUGUCAAGCCUGCAAAAGCUAAAAGGAGUAAUGGUCAGGAGAAGUCGGUUGCUGAUUAUACAAGCGUUUGGGAAAUGAGGCAGGCGGAGCUCGCGAGGAAAGAAAAACUCUCCAAGCUUGCCAUACUAGACAUUUUACUUGCCAGAAAAGAACCCCUCAGUAAGGCAGAAGAAGUUGCCAAAAACAAGCUACUAGCCGAGUACUUUUAGCUUUCUAGUCUCGCAUAAACAACCUCCUUAAGUGUCUUUAAUUUAUGCCUAGCUUUCUAUGUUUUAAUGUACUAUUUUGGUUACGAGUUCCUCUAUGUUUUUAAUGUCGCAAGAACAAGAUCAUCUAUGUUUAUAAUGUACUUCUAUCUUUAUGUUGGUUAUGCUAUGAAUGUAUGUGCUUCGUGGUUGUUGAACUUGGUCGUUGGUUUAUUAAAAUGAAUGUGCUUCUUUAUUAAUUAACUCUCUAAUAUUACCCUUGUUAUUUUUUACAGGUUUCAUCAAACAUGGGUCUUGACUACAGCUACACCCAACCUUCCCAAUAUGAGGAGUUUGCUCGUGAUGAGGCAGACAGUGACAGCAAAAUUGAAGCGCUGAUUCGUCAAGACCAGGCAGAGCUAAGUUACGUGAACGGUGAGGAGAUUCUGUAUCCUCCGCAGCCUGAGGUUGAAUUCGGUUUUCCACAGACAUGCUACUAUGGUAGUCAACCCCAGCUAGCUACAUCGCAGAGUAGAACCGAUCCAGGUAGAAGAUACUACACAUGUUCUAACGUUGAUGAUGGAGAGUGCCAUGUUUGGAAAUGGUGGGAUGAGGCUGUAAUGGAGGAGAUGAGAGCCAGGGAUAGACACACACUUCAGUUAGCCGAAAAGGUAGAUUCUCUGAACUUCUUGAGUGACUACGAGACUGAGCAGAAGCUGGUUAGGCUAGAGAACCUUGUGUUUGAGUUGGCAAAGAAUAAAUCAAGGUCUAGCUUUGAUUACUUUGUUGCGGUUAUGGCCAUUGUCAUUAUUGUAAUAGGUAUUUUCCUCAUCUUUAUGUAAUAUGUUUAUGAGGAAUGGAUCAUUGAUCAUGUUUAUGUAAUCUGUGUAAUGACUUAUGUUUUUAAUGAAUUGAUCAUUGAUCUAACCUAUAAUGUUUUAUGACUAUUGGAACUAUUUGUACUUACGUGAAUAUCUUUUGCUCGUAAGUGACGGUCUUGUGAUUGAAUAUAACACCAAAACUUAAGUGUGCUCGUGAGUGACUUGUAUUGUCAAGUGUGCUCGUGAAUCUGUGUGUGUCACAGGAGUACUUGUAUUGUGACAAGAAAUAAAGUUAAAGGGUCACAAGUUGUAGUAAAGGGUCACAAGACUAACAAGAAACAAUCAAAGAGUAUGAUCUUCUUUUUCCUAUAAAUAAGAGAAACCAACUUCACAAUUAUAUAUAUCCACCUCUCGUUAAAAACAUACUUCUCCUCUCUACUUAUCUCAUUCAAAACCUUUGUUUUUUUUUCUUUCACAAUGGCAUCAUCUUCCCAUUAUCACUACCACAAAGAUGAUGACGCUGAAUUCGAAUCUAUGUUUGAGGAAUUCUUAGAAAUUCCAGAUAUUAUACCCGAACCAAAAGAGCGAAAAAACGUAUUUUUAUUGAGAGAA